AAAGAUAGGAGUAUUCAGAAAAUAAAAAACAGAUCCGUUUUGAGAGAAUGGAGUAUUCAAAAACAAAUCUUUUAAGAAUUAAUUGUCAGGGUUGGAAGAAACUAAACGGAGGGAGAAGAAUGGAAGGCAGCAAAGGGCAAGCGGUGUUCGAUUCAAUGAACUUGAAUCCUCAGCUUUUCAUAAAUGAAACACUCAACACCGUCGAGGACAUUGUCGGCGAGGCUUUUGACUUCUAUACACUCGAAGCAUCCAAUCUCCUCAAAAUCGAUGAUAAUAGGUCACUGGAGUUAGCGAAAGGUAUUGAUCGUGUUCGUGGUAUGAUUCAAUCGGUUCUGGAAGACCGCUUGAGGAUGUGGGAAACCUACUGUGUUCGAUACACUUUUGCAGUUCCUGAAGAUUUUGUGCUGCCUGAGAGUGAUGGCCAAAAUAUCCAACCUUUGCCUAAUGACCAAGAGUUGGAUGCUGAAUUGGAUUCCCUAAGGCGUAAGCUUCAUUCGGAACGAAACAGGUCUGUUGAGCUUAACUCGGAGCUCCAGGCUUUAGAAAGAAGAUCUGUUUCAAAUGAACAGUCUGCCAUACUCGUUAAUGAAGUUUCAAAGCUUUUUGAUGAAUCAUCGGUGAACGAUAUGUUCAAAGAGAUGACAAAAGUUGCAUCAGAACUUCGCGCAGGGAUCAAUAAUCUGAAAACAAGAAGAAUGAAGGCUGCUGACGGAGCUACAGUACAGAACAAUGGAAAUGAUUUUUGGGCAACGGCUCCCGAUGCAAAGAUUGAAGAGCUUGGCAAAUUUCUGGCCGAGUUAAAAAAGAUGUGAAGAUGUUGCAACAUUUGCCUUUGAACUCUGCCGUUUUGUAAACUACUAGCUUGGCUUGAAAGACUACGUUGUUUUUGACUUACCAAAUGGCCACUUCUCCGCAUUUCAAAUGUUUGUUUAUGUAACUUACAAAAAUGAUCCUACGCAUUCCUAGAUAGAAAGCUUGGAAGCAGAGUUCGUUUGGUAUGCAACAAAAGCGAAAAAAGUUAUAAAGCUUUCAUCGUGCUUUA